UGGAUGCGGAUGAGCGACGAUUGUUUUGAUUGCCAGAAUGUUUUCGCGUUGAGAUGGAAACGGGAACGAGUGUGUGGAUUACCUUUUUUAUUUUGGCAGUGGUAGUGCGAGCUGGUGACAGAACGGUUCUUACCUGCUGUGAAUGUUGAUGAAUUUGCAUUCUUUCAAAAUAAUAAAUCGUUGUUUCACGUAGUUUGCUACUUAUUUUACUAUUCAAAAGAGUGUGACAUACAAAAACAGAAAGUUUGCUGUAGGCAGUUGCAUUCCACAUAAAAAAUCUGAAGGCGAAGCUUGUGGUGUCUGCUUCACAGCAUUGUACUAUUUAUAGACGUCAUAUUCAUCCAUCUGUGAAUAAAACACGAGAUUCGCAAUGCACUGGAACCCACGCCAUCUCUUCCGACGACCUUCGGCAUCAUCCAUCUUGUACACAGCUUCAUCACCGUGGCAAACAGCAAUUAGUGUGUAACGAAGUGUGAAUUGUUUAUAGUUUCCUUGUUUUGCAGUGUGUAGCUAGUAAUGUUCGAGAAUGAGAGCGAAAUUGCCUAACUUGUUGAAUGUAAAUAAUAGUUCCCACAUAGACGACACUUAAACACCGUUGUUUCGUAACGUUAUCGGAAUCGAGAGAAGCUAGUGAGUUAGUUCAAAGUGUCCUUGUGCAAAAAUAAGAAGCUUAUCAUUAGUCUAGUGAAAUGUAUUAGAAAAAAAAUGAUUUCAAACAAGAAGCGUGCAUCGUGAAACGCAUCAAACUCCAAAUGGAUUGAAGUCUCCCGUCAUCCAACAACAUACAGUUAGUUCAGUUUCGGACCACGCUCUCCGGACAUUGACCCAAAAUGGCCAACUACUUUGUGUGUUUGGUGGUGCAGCGGCUGAUACUACCGAUCAUCAUGGCAAUAUGUUGCCUGAUGAGACCGGUAGGAUUGUCGCUGCCAUAUUUGCUCUUCCUAUUUGGAUUACCGUUUGUGCCAGUAGCUACACCUAGGAGUAUAAAAG